GGUCCGCUGGCUAGUUGCUCUUUCCAGGCAUGGCUCCGCGCUGUUGGCGCUGGUGGCCCUGGUCGGCAUGGCCUCGGACCCGGCCGCCUCCUUCCGAGAGCACCCAGACCUUUGGGAAUUCAGAUGAAGUAAGGGACCCUGCAAACGCCAAAGCUUUGAGGAAAAAGAGAAGGAGGGCACAGAUGAGGGUGAAGCCUGGGAAACUCCGUUUUCUGUUGGACACUGAAGAGCAGACCCCCCAGAUCUGUGUGGUGGGCAGCGGCCCAGCUGGCUUUUACACCGCCCAACACCUGCUAAAGCACCACUCCCAGGCCCAUGUGGACAUCUACGAGAAGCAGCUGGUGCCCUUCGGCCUGGUGCGCUUUGGCGUGGCGCCCGACCACCCCGAGGUGAAGAAUGUCAUCAACACUUUUACCCGGACGGCCCACUCUGACCGCUGUGCCUUCCACGGCAACGUGGUGGUGGGCAGGGAUGUGACCGUGCGGGAGCUGCGGGACGCCUACCACGCCGUGGUGCUGAGCUACGGGGCAGAGGACCAUAAGGCCCUGGAGAUCCCCGGACAGGAGCUGCCUGGUGUGUUCUCAGCCCGGGCCUUUGUGGGCUGGUACAAUGGGCUUCCUGAGAACCGGGAGCUGGCGCCGGACCUGAGCUGUGACACGGCCGUGGUUCUGGGGCAGGGGAAUGUGGCUCUGGAUGUGGCCCGGAUCCUGCUGACACCACCUGAGCACCUGGAGAAAACGGAUAUCACGGAGGCUGCCCUGGGGGCACUGAGACAAAGUCAGGUGAAGACGGUGUGGAUAGUGGGCCGACGUGGAGCCCUGCAAGUGGCCUUCACCAUUAAGGAGCUUCGGGAGAUGAUUCAGUUACCAGGAACUCGGCCCAUUUUGGAUCCUGCGGAUUUCUUGGGCCUUCAGGACAGAAUCAAGGAGGUCCCUCGCCCGAGGAAGCGGCUGAUGGAACUACUGCUUCGAGCAGCCACGGAGAAGCCAGGGGUGGCGGAGGCUGCCCGCUGGGCAUCAGCCUCCCGCGCCUGGGGCCUCCGCUUUUUCCGAAGCCCUCAGCAGGUGCUGCCCUCGCCAGAUGGGCGGCGAGCGGCAGGCAUCCGCCUGGCAGUCACCAGACUGGAGGGUGUUGGUGAGGCCACCCGGGCAGUGCCCACUGGAGACGUGGAAGACCUCCCCUGUGGGCUGGUGCUGAGCAGCAUUGGGUAUAAGAGCCGCCCCAUCGACCCCAGUGUGCCCUUCGACCCCAAACUUGGGGUCAUCCCCAAUAUGGAGGGCCGGGUUGUGGAUGUGCCAGGCCUCUACUGCAGCGGCUGGGUGAAGCGGGGGCCCACAGGUGUCAUCACCGCUACCAUGACUGACAGCUUCGUCACCGGCCAGAUUCUGCUGCAGGACCUGAAAGCGGGGCUGCUGCCGUCUGGCCCCAGGCCUGGCUAUGCGGCCGUCAAGGCCCUGCUCGGCAGCCGAGGGGUCUGGCCUGUGUCUUUCUCGGACUGGGAGAAGCUGGAUGCUGAGGAGGUGUCCCGGGGCCAGGGUGCGGGGAAGCCCAGGGAGAAGCUGCUGGAUCCUCAGGAGAUGCUGCGGCUGCUGGGACGCUGAGACCAGAUCCCAGGCAGGCACGGAGGGGAGGAGUGCUGUGCGGGGGAGAGGGAUCGGGGUCAGUCUGAGCAGGACUCUGCACCACAGCUGCAUCGCCUGGCCGUCCUGGCAUGGGGCCUUGGCUGCCCCUUUUUCAGGGGCCUCUGAGCACUUCCUCGUGCCAGAAGGUCGCUCUUGCCUCUGUGGGUAACUCUCAGCAAGGAGAUAACCUUAGGGAUGGGUGCAGGUGCAGGCUGACCUUCCUCCCUCCUGCCUAUCUCCUGCUGGACUGUGGAGGGUCACCAGGUCAGACAUAUGCUGGAAAUAAAACACCUGCAACCGA